GCUCGGUUGGAUAAAAUUCCUCGCCAAUCUUUACCAUUUGUGAUCACAUUUGAUAUCUUUUGGUUUCUUAAAUGUUUAGCACGCAGGAACGUCUAAAGCGACGCACUCCUAAUGGAGGCAUAAAUCGGAAGACAUACUUGUGUUUGCUGGUGGACGAGUAUUACGAAACAUCGAACAUAGAAGCCCAACAGCAGGUAACGGCAAACCUCGCGAACUUUGCGUACGAUCCAAUCAACUGGAAGUUUCUGCGGGACGCAAAGGCACACGAGCUUUUCUAUGAAAUUAUCCAACAAUCGCUUCAAGGGGUGGUGGAUCGUUUGCUAGUGCUACACUCCAUCGUGGGACUGACCAAUCUUUCGCUCGAUCCGGUGAUCGCAGAAUACAUUGAGCGAAGUAACGGUCUCGGGCAGCUCAGAGCAGUGUUAGAGAAAUAUCAAACCGACUGCGAGAUAGUUUGCAACACACUAACGUGUUGUUCUUUCCUGCUAAACGAUAGCAGAACUCUGCUGUUUAAGCAAGAUAAAUGUCUGUUAAGUUUGUUACAACACUUGAAACGAUCGGGGAAUAGAAGAAUUGUAAAUCUAGCAACGAUACUGGCAGAAGAUCUAAGCAGAGCAAUGCGUUGGCUACAGUUAGCGAGGAGGUUCAGCAACGCAGCCACCAAAGCUCAACCAACGGUAGGGACCGUGUUCAGUUUGACAAAAACAUUUCGUCAAACCGAUGUCCAGCAAUUUGUGGCACUGACAGGCGAUAGCAAUCCAAUCCACGUAACCGACGCACCCGACCUCAAGGAGCAGAUCUUCGUGAAUGGAGCCUUCCUGAAUGGUGUUAUUGCGGGAAUCAUCGGGACCAACUUUCCGGGCUUUGUCGUGACGACACAGAACUUUCGCUUCCCGAACCGGUGCCAUUUGGAAAAGGAAGUCCAGUUUAGCGUGAAGGUUGAGGAAAUGCGAAAAAUUGUAACGGUUUCGUACGAAAGCAAACAAAACGGGAUCAUUGUUUUCGAAGGCCAGGCAAAACUGUUUGCCGUGCGGAAGUGAAAAUAAAUAAAUAAUCAGCUGAAAAAUGGCAA